GGUAUUGGGUGCCGGGUUUUGGCCAACCAGCUCUCUUCGCAAAUGGCUAAGACGAUGACGUUCUGGUUUCUGGUCUUGGCUCUGGUGACCUUAAAUUCAACCGGGCCAUUCUGGAGUGCAGGGGCUGCCGAAGUCACUUCCGCAUCGAUGUUACAGUUUCUGGACCGCCACAAUGGCGAAGGCGACCACAGUUGGUCCCACCUACUGCCCACAAACUUCUACUCCGAGAUGAACCAGCAGUACUACAGGAGAUUCCGGCGACAGGCUGGCAGAAUGGACACCUUUGGAUCGGGAAAACGGCAGCAGUACCCUUUUGAAUAUGCUCGAUAUGUGUGAUAAUAAAAGCAGCCCAGAAUAAUC